GAUGACGUCACAUAAUCAGGAAGUACACCAGCAAGCUUCACAUUGCAUGACGAGUGCAUGGACGAAUUUUUAGCCGCCCUCGGCGGUAAUUUUGCAUUUUUUCAUGUCGGAGAUGAUGUGUUGCUGUAAUAGGAUUAAUUAACCCGCCCUGAUGGCGGACAGGCUGAGCUUCAGAAAUAUCAUCGCCUUGGCCCCCAUGGUCCGGGUGGGCACGCUGCCCAUGAGGUUGCUGGCGCUGGACUAUGGAGCUGAUUUGGUCUACAGCGAGGAGCUGAUUGACAUCAAGAUGGCUCAGUGUCAGAGGGUGGAGAACGAUGUCUUGCAGACGGUGGAUUUUGUGGCUCCGGAUGACCGCGUGAUGUUCCGGACUUGUGAGAAGGAGAAGCACCGAGUGAUCUUUCAGAUGGGGACCGCUGACCCGGACCGGGCGCUCGCUGUGGCCCGACUUGUGGAAAAAGAUGUGGCCGGCAUUGACGUCAACAUGGGUUGUCCUAAGGAAUACUCCACAAAGGGCGGGAUGGGCGCGGCUCUGCUGUCUGAUCCUGACAAGAUCAAGGCUAUCCUCGGGAAGCUUGUCUCAGGAGUUUCUGUGCCUGUGACGUGUAAGAUCCGAAUCCUGCCUUCGCUGGAGGAUACGCUUUCUCUGGUGCGGCGGAUCGAGAAGACGGGCGUUGCUGCUAUCGCCGUCCAUGGCAGGUUUAAGGAGGAGCGCCCCAGACACCCGGUCCACUGCGACUACAUCCACGCCGUGGCUCGGGCUGUUUCUAUCCCCGUCAUCGCCAACGGGGGUUCUCUGGACCUGGUGAAGACCCAUGCCGACAUCGAGGCCUUCAGGGAGGCAACGGGGGCCUCGUCGGUUAUGUUGGCUCGCGCCGCCAUGUGGAAUCCGUCGGUGUUUAGCAGUGGGGGGCUACGGUCUGUGGAGGAAGUCAUGGAUGAGUACCUCAAAUAUGCCCUCCGCUAUGACAACCAUGCCUUCAACACCAAGUACUGCCUGUGCCAGAUGCUACGGGACAAAGUGGAGUCUGUCUUGGGCAAGAAGGUGCAUGCGGCCCAAACCAAUGCUGAGCUCAGCGAGGCGUACGGCCUGCACGACUUCUACAAGCAGACGCAGGAGCAGCUGCAGGCGAGGCGGGACGCCAAGCAGGGGGACGCCCAUCUGGAGUGCUUAAUCAUGGACGGUGACGUCACCACGAUGGCAAUCAAGUUUGAACGGCGGGAAUAUUCGCCUCAGAUCACGCCCAAGAUGCUCCUUCUGGAGUGGAGCCGAAGGGAGAAGUUGGACCAGCCACGGUAUCAGACGCUGCAACGUCCGCAGGACCGAGCCUUCCAGUCCACUGUCACCGUAGACAACAGGAAGUACCGACCUUCUCUUUGGGAGAAGUCAAAGAAGCUCGCCGAGCAGGCGGCCGCCGUUGUUUGCCUGAGAACUCUCGGGAUUCCGGAGGGCCGCAUCGGCGAGGGAAACGGUGGGCUGGUGUGCAAGAGGAAGCGGGAGGAGAAGGUGCACGGCAGCGAAGAGGACGAGCGGAGGAAGAAACAACAGGUGGAAGAUGGAGGGAGCAAGGUGGUGGAAGCCGCGGCGGCGAAUGGUCAAGUUUGUGAAGACAUUACAGACAGAACACUUGUGUGACCUUAUGGAGUAAAUGAAUUUUUUUUUUUGUUUUGAAAAACCCAUCUUUUACUUCCCGCAUGUUGACUGGUUACUCCUGGGAUCCUCUUCACAAUGUGGCUUUGCGGCCAACAGAGGGCAGCAUUCACUGUCAGGACGAUUUACUUAUUUAAUUAAGACAUUUUGUUUGUGCCUAAGAGAGAGACACUUCCAUUCUGUUCUCAUUGAACAUUGAACAAUCUUUUGUUUCAUGCAUGUGUCCCUUUGUCGGAGCAGUGACUGUGGAGCCCUAAAACACUUCAUGGAUGGAUUUUUUGUCAUUAUUUUCAGGGUGCAUGUUUGUACUUUUAAAUCCUCUGAUUGUGUUCUUAGUUUGUAAUUUGGAAUGCAGGCCUUGCUCUUUACUUCAAUGCAGCCAUUAGCACACGAGGCUAAUGGGCUAAUAUUUACAAUAAAUGUAUGAA